GAGAGAGAGAGAGGCAAAUCCAACAGGACCAACACGACGCAAGCGUUCCUUCCCGUCUUUCUAAAUUCUCCCCCCUUGCCGAAUCCGUACAAUCUCGUCCCAAAUUUCCUUCCGUCGUAGCAAUCGAUCUCGCUCGGUAGCUCUUCCUCUGGGCGCCGGCGGUUCCUUGCUGUCCUCCGUUUCGGUUCGCUGCUGCUGGCAAUGAUUUGACUGUGACAAGAACAUUGGUCGCUUUGUUCGAAAUGAUAAGCAACAAGGUUCUUAUCACGUACAAGAGGAAGCGUCUUUCAGCCAAUGCUAAACCUGCAAUUCUAAAAUCUGAUUCAUCUGUCAAGGUUGAUGGGGAGCAUUGCUUUAGGUGUGGUAACGUUGAUGUUAAUGAAAACCUGCUUGUAUGCCAUAGUUGCUUUGGAAGCUACCAUCUUCGAUGCAUUGAGUCUUCUUCUGAGUAUGUUCCCGAAGACAGCUGGCUAUGCUCUACUUGUACUGAAAAAUGUGAUACUGAGGUACCUUUACUGCUCCAAUUCGGCAAAAUAAUAGAAAAUGAAAUUGUUGGAGAACCUGAGAUGGGUUUAAUGAAGUUGGGUGACCAGAGAGUGCUGUUGAAUUCAAGAUCACUUGAAGAGAAAUUUAUUGAAGAAAACCCUUCCCUAAUGAAUCCAACUAUCAAGAGAGUAAACAACAUUAAAGAUAAUUUAGGUGCAGAUUUUGGAUCAACAGGAAAGGUUGUUAAGGAAACUUCAGGAUUUUUAUCAUCAAAUUUGGAGAGUGUAGGAAGAUCAACUCAUAUAGAUCUGAAUACUUGGACUGAAACAGAUCCUAAUUCCAGAUUUUCAGAGAGUGUUGCCUCGGUAGUCAGUUUGGAUAAAAAGUGUGACAUUGUUGUGAAUGAUGACUGCCCAAAAGAGAACACCAAGACACGCUUGAUUACAUUUCAUAGAAGAGUAAAAAAGAAACAAAAGAUAGAUGACGAAUCAAUCACCAGAUAUUCAAGGGAUGAGAGCAAACAAAGCCAAGCUGGUACACACAGCCAUGAAUUAGGAGGAAGCUGUAGAUGUGUUGGCUCAACAGUUGUAUCAGAUCUAAGCAGACCCAACCAACUUCAGGAUGCACAUGAUAUUAGGAAAGAUGCUCAUGUUGAAGAUAAUGAUACUGGACUUAAACACACUGGACAAAGUGAUGUAGCAGAUGAGCAUAAAGAGCUAUGUUUUCAGAGGCCCCACAUUGUGUCUCAUGAUCCCGCGCCUUCACAACCUUCACAUGGUCUUAAUUAUCAAUCUGUUAACUUGGAUAGUUCACCAAGUGACGCAACAGAAGAACCUAUGUUACUGGACAACAACAAGCAUCCAGGAAGGCCCAAUAAUGUUACAUCAAUGACAGAUGACAAGGGAACUGAAUUAGUCUCAGAGGAGAGAGGGAUGGUGAGUGGUGCAGAGAUUUGUGCUGCCAUACCUGUUUCAACUUAUCUGAAAAAUUCAUUUGGUAAGCAACCUACAGUUUUUAUGGCUGGAAACUUGCUGGAGUCACAAAAUUCAUCUCAAAAUUGUGAGCUUGUGAUUGUCAAUGAGGAAGCUAAUAACAAAGUCAAAGCCUUAAAAUGGUUGAAAACACUUGACAAUGAAUUGGAGGCUAAAGGAGUCGGCUCAUCCAAUCAGAAGGAGAGAAACAGCACAAAUUGCAGGGUAGAAUCAAAUGGAAGAGCUUCCUCUAUGAACCUUAUUAACACAGUCACAAAAAUUGAACUGAACAAGGAUAUGUCAAAAGAAUGCAGGAAUCAGAUAUCCGGACCAAAGGAAACACUUCAUAUGAAGCCAAGACACUCAAUAUAUGAAAAGCAGCAAAAUGAAAGGACAUUUAACAACCCUAAAUAUACUGAUUUUCUAGAUCUUUCUCUUCCUGUGGAUUCUGAAGUUCAUGAAGUUUCCAUGAAUGAUUUACAGACCAUUUCGGUGCCAUUAGGUGGCGAUGACACUCUUGAUACCACUUGGCACAAGAUGGUUGGAGUCACAUCCCUAGAUAAGCAAUUGCAUGUGAACCAUAUGAUUGGCUCACGAGAGAGUGGUUUCUUAGAUAAAGUUCAGAGGGUUCCUCAUGAAUGGUCUGAGGAAGAACUAGAUUCCCUUUGGAUUGGUGUGAGAAGACAUGGAUUGAGUAAUUGGAGUGCCGUCUUAAUGGAUCCAAAAUUAUGCUUUUCAGAUUCAAAGGCUGCAGAAGACUUGGCUGAGCGAUGGGAUAAAGAGCAAAUGAAGCUACUUACUGGUGCAUCAUAUCAGCCAAGCAGACCUACUUCAGAUAUUUCAGGGCAUCUUGGUAGGGAUGACAAUUGCUGGAGGAAUGCAGCAUCAAAUAGAUUUUACAGUGAGAGAGGCUUGCCUUGCUUCGAUCUACCGACACUCAGAGCAGAAACUAAACUUUCUCUAGGUGUAGUAUAUGGUCAGGGUGAAAACGAUACCAAGAGAAGGUUGCCCCAUUUGUCUGGCUUUACUUUGCACCCUCUUGCAUUUAAAAGCUCCUCUCAAAAUCCUUUUGUAGGAAGUAUCCCAACCGGUACUAUUCACCAAAAGCCAGGAAAUGGUCAUCAGAAGAGACUCAAAACAAAGUACCUCAGGUAUGAUUGUGAACCAUCUGCUUCACCUAAAAAAAAGGUUGAAAGAGAAGCUGCUGCUACAGGUGCUGCAAAUAGUACUCUUCCCCAUUGGCUCAAGGAAGUGUUAACUACCCCUCAACGACGAAGUAGUUUGUCAAUGCCUUGUGGAGUUUCAAGCUCUAACUCUGCCAACAUGAUCAAUGUUGAUGAGAGAGUCACUACUUUUCCUAGUGCCGUGGAGCCACCUUCUCGGUGCAAAGAUUCCCUUGGAAGGGGAAUUUUGAAGCGGAAUAACAUGACCUCUAGGAAGAAUGUCAACGCCGUCAAGGUAUCAGAAUAUUCAGUUUCUAUGGAUAAUUCUUUGUUGCAGAGUGGGUUCUCCCUCCAUCCAAAUGUGGGAUCAAAUCCUCUGAAACCCACACCACCCAUCAAUACAUCUUCUCGAGCAAGCAACGAUGUCGUAGAGCUUAAUAACACAAGUUGUGAUCCUACUGCACCAAGCUACUUGGUAGUGAUCAACAGCGAUGCAUCUUCUGAGGAAACGAUAUCAGAUGAUCAGGGAAAUAGGUGGUAGCUAGCCCAUGAGAUAUUUGCUUAUAGUUAUUUGUACAGAAUUUUGUUAUGUCUGUGUAGUUCGAUUAUGCAGCAAGUUUCUUGUGCAUAGUUUUGUUGUGAGUUGCAACUUCUGCUCAUCAGUAGUUUCUUGGCAUCUUGCUCUUUGGAUCCUUUCUACAUUGCUGCAUUGUUUUAGAUUAGUUUUUACCAUAAAAGGAAAUAAGAAUUUUUUU